UUUUCUUUCUAAGUUUUUUCCAAAGAAAUUGGAUUAAUCACAAACAUGAAGGCGAUACCAUUGAUAUUAGCGACAGUCGUGGCUGUGAACGCCAUCCCGCCUGCCUUGUUCAACAUCCGACCACGUAUCAUGACCCAGACGUCGUUCAUCUCCAAGAUCACUAACAAAGUGAACGCUGUCGACACGUGUAAAAUAUGCGUCGAUGUCUCCGGCCAAAUUAUCAACCAAGUUCUCAACAUAAUUCUCAAUGUCGGUGUGAUUGGUUCAUGUUCAAAACUCUGCACAAUGGUGGAACAGAAAACUGGCUCCCAGAUUAUUGGAGUUGUUUGUGAUAUCGGUUGUGAUUUUCUUGGCAUUGAUGAAUUUGUCAAACUCAUUCAAAAAGCUGACCUCGAUCCUAUCUACUACUGUGAGAUUGUUAAAAUGUGUGCAGUGAACGACCACGGUGACGCACACAUCACCAAGUUUUCCAUCACCCCAGUAUCCGGCCCACAAGGUCCCAGGACGAUUGACCUGACCUAUGUGUCUAAGAACGGAACUGGAACCGGGGAAAUGGUUCUAGUUAUCCACACCGUUGAUGGGAUCCCAGUUGAAACUGGAUUCCUGAACGAACCUGCCCCAGCUGGAACCUACCCCAACGUCUUCAACCUAAAGGCUCAACCAGAUCCCGACUGCGACCCCACUCAACAAGUCUGUGAACAGUGGCUCCCAGGAGACUACACCAUGCGUAUCGACCUCUGCAACGGCGAAUGUGGAAGCAAACACCCACACAGUAAACUAUACGACACUCGUAAUAUUACAUUCACCAUCACCAAAUGAGUAAAAACAACUGUCGUUGUGGAACAUAAUAAAUUGUUUUAUCUAUUGUUAAUUGUGGAUUGUUUUUCAUACUACCAAAAUCACAGUUAUUUAACAUAACAAAAGAACUGAAAAUGUAGUAAACAAAUCUACAGUAGUUUAUGGUUCUGCUGAAAUUAAACAUGAAAUUAUU